AUGGCUGGCAGACCGCAGACGAUCGAGUCCUGGCUAGAAUCCCUGAAUAUGGCGGAGUAUGUUAACCUAUUCCGAAAAUAUGGAGGAGUUGAGGAUCUUACAUUUGCAACAGAGGCUGAGAUUAAAGAUCUAGGAAUCAGCAACAUCGCACACAGAGUCAAGAUCGCAUCAAGUCUCCGUGUUCUCAAAGACACAUUUGAAAAUGGCCAUGUUAAUAACAGUGGGUUGUUCUCGCCUCGACAGAGAAUAUGCGGUACAUCUCAGGUGCCCAACUCUCCAACAUCAUCUUAUCCUGACUUCCAACAUAUGAUUGUCUCCCCUGAGAAGCUUCAAACUGAUCUCCAGAGGGAAUUCUCCGGUGACCCGGCAGAACUUCGCAGCCGCUCCUGGUACCACGGCAGCAUCACGCGGGUGGCGGCAGAAUCCCUGGUCGCAAACAACGGCGACUUCCUCAUCCGAGACUGCAUCUCGAAACCUGGAGACUUCGUUCUGACAUGCAAAUGGAACGACACGCCCCUGAACUUUAUCAUCAACUCCAUUGUCGGCUACCGUAACCCUAGGGCCCUGCCUGUGAUAUCUUAUCAGUUUGAAGAGGAGCAGUUUCCUACGAUUCAGCAACUCAUAAAACAUUACCAGGAUCAAAGUAAACCAGUCACUACUGCAUCUGAAGCCGUUCUCCAGAACCCAGUGGCUCGGUCUGUCCCACUGUGUUACUACGAUAGUAAAUACCGCGCCUCCAGUUGUAACGUCACUCCGACUCACAGCCCUCAAUCUAGCCCCUUUGUGACCCCGUCCACAAGCCCCAGGUCCAGUCCUAACAUGAAUCGUCGCCUGAUCACGCCGCUGGACAACCAGUCCAGUCACUCCAAGCGUUCCUGUGAGGACGCAAACAAUAACAACAAUACUAAUAACAACGGGGGAUUUCAGAAACACGUUCGGCCUCCGUCAAUAGAUAACCUGCCGGUAAUUAAUGUUACACCCCCUGGAGGGAACGUCUCUUAUCUACAGUCACAUCAGGUUCAACAGAAGGCUGAUCGAUCGGCACCAACUUGCAUUAGGGUCAACAGUGCUCCAGAACUGUCUAACGGUUAUGGAAGAUCUAGGCAACCAGAGUUGGAACAAAACGGUCUCCAUGGAGACUCUUCAGAAAGUGAGUUCACAAACAACCCUCCUCCAAAGCCUAGUAGGAUUCCGUCCGUCAAAUACAAACUAAAUUCAGCGACUGAUUUCAAGGAUGGUAUUUCCGAAAGUGACAGUAACACAGAAACAGGACUGAAGUAUGUUGGCCCAGAAACAUUUUACACAUUUGACGAUGACCACCAGAAACGAAUUUCCCCUACGUCAACACGAAACCAGUCCGAGAACAACAAUUGCCUGGACUACAAAAAGAUAUAUAACAAAUUCAUUCACCGCACAGAAGUUGAACAUAAUGAGGUUCCUACAUCGCCUAGCAGCUCGCCAAACUUACAGAAACACAGAAAGAGCCAGAGUCCCAGAACCUCGCCAUUUUUCUCUUCAGAAACGAAUAACACUUCUCGGGAACGAACUUACCAACUGGUAGCACGAAGUAGGUCUUUCCAGCAGCCUGCAACGCAGCUGACUAAAUGUACACAAACAGAAAGCAAGACGCUUCCAAACACAUUUUCAAAGAUCAGAUUUGGAAAGUUAAGAUUACCUUGUACGAGUGAACAGGACAAUCAAGAUAAACACAAUCAUAAAGAGAUUGUGGAACAAGCAUUCACUGGAGUUCCUGACAGCGUGUCAAGUAAUUGUAGGUGUAUGGCAAGACCUCAUGUCUUCCAGAGUUAUAUAGUCCCAGAGACAUUCACAAGUGGCCUUUUGCCCAAGGAUCACAAACUGCUUGAUCAGUCGGUCCUGCUGAAUGUUAAAACCAUCCUUCUGAACAAAUCACCCGAAGACACCGCCCUUCAUCUCACAAAGUACGACCUAGAACUGACCUUUGCUGUCAGUGCCAAAGAUUUCGGCCUCGGCGUUACUUCUGGUCUAGAAUUACUGACCCUUCCCCAAGGAAAUAUCCUGCGACAGGAUGUCAUAGAACGGUGGGAAAGUCUCAGAAUGUUCACCCAAGCCACACUCCUUACAUCUCAGACUGUGGGUGAACGGGCCAGAUUGUUCCGCUUCUGGAUAUUGACAUGUCACGAGCUAAAGAAAACUGCAGGCAACUAUUUCAGUUUCGCAGCAAUCAUGGCAGCGUUAACUAGUCCCCAAAUAAGUCGACUGACCGAUACCUGGACGACCCUAAGACAGACUCACACAGCAAGCGCUGUUGUCUUUGACACAAAACUGCGUCCAGAAUUUACCUCACUCAACGAUGCUACAAGUAACCUUCCAUUGAAAAAUGUUUGCGUUCCUUACAUUACUCCCGUGUGUUAUCUCCUGGAAAGGGAUGCAGAAUCCACUCUUCAGGACUACUUUUGGGAAGAUGGAUUGGAUCCUAUCGCUAGUGCUAUCGAUGUUCUUCUCAACCACCUCGACCUAGCUCGCGUGAUAGCUUCACAGGUAACUCGGUAUCGAGUUACUGGUAAAGCCAUUCUGGCAACUGUUAAUUUUGACCCUGAGCUGAGUCAGAUUCUAAGUCCAGAGUUCCACAUCUUGCUUCUCUGGGGGAACAAAGGCCGGAAUGUCAACAGACAAGACCGGUUGAACAAGUUAGGGCAGAUAUUUACUCUCCUCUCCCACAAAUGUCAGACGCCUGAAGAUUGCGACACAGAAGUCUAG